CUGAGACACCACUCGUAACCCCCUUCCCCCUCGUAUAAGAAUCAGUGCAUCGCGUGUGUCGAGACCAGUGCCAAACGGGUUGUGAUUCUGUGCGGACUCAGUUUUUCAAGUGUGAUCCCCGCCGACUCGACUAAUCUCGCCCAAUCUCCUCCCCUCGUGUCGUGGACGCAUCCUCCUCCGUCUUCGCGUCUCCCUCCUUCUCGUUCGUUCCCUUUCGUUCCCUUCCCGACACGCGAGUAUACACACGAGUAACGACUGGCGAACAUCUAUCGAUCCGUCUAUCCAUCCAUCCAUCCAUCCAUCCAUCCAUCCAUCCGUCCGUCCGUCCGUCCGUCCAUCGCGCGAGUACACGCUCGAUGACAAGGUAUCACUGACCCGCGGCAGUCAGAGUACGCGGGGAUACACGCGAGAGGAUAGAGGAUAGGUCUCGCUCGCUCCUUGGCCGCCACGCGCCACCGCGAGUGCUCGGCUGCCUGACUGCCUGCCUGACUGCCUGCCUGCCUGCGUGCCACGAGAGUGAUCGUCGUCACAAGUGCUAUGCGAAUAUGACGGUUGGCGAGGAUACGGCGAUCGCUCACGAUCGAGGGGAAAUCGCGAUGGAGGCGAUCCUGGUUCGCGACCAAAGGACCACUUCGCACAGAGUUCUCGAACAUGGAACAUCGCCGAAUAACCCGAUGGGGGCCGAUGGCCCCAGCGUCGGGGCUACCGAUACCAAAUGGUACAAAAGCAUUCUGGAUAAGAGCUUCCUAUACGAAGCUGCGAUUAGUCCGACGAUAGAGAGAAACGGUCGGAACGAGAGACGCUUAUCCCGUGAUUCCGCGUGUCCUGUACCUGCUUUUUACGACGAUCGAGGGAUACGAUCGAGACGCAACCCAUCGUCAGACGUCACCGCGACCACGUGGCUCAGGUUAGGCAGUCUUUUGGUGAUCUUGCUGGUGGUCUCGGUGCACGGCGCUCCAGCGAUGACCCUCGAGGACAGACGACUGAGCUCGACCCCCAAGUGGGUGAAUCCUUGCGGCCUCGCGGCCGAAGAUUUUACCGGAGAUUUGGAAGUGGUGCAGCUUACGGACUCGCAGCUGCUGCAUCAGGUCGUCGUUCAAGCGAAAACAGCGCUGAUGCACGCCAAACUUUUUCGCGACGAUUACGCUAAAAGAACGUACAAAAUCGACUUUGCCGAUCUGCACUCCACCUUUAAAGAUCAACAUUACGAUUGGCUUCCUGGCCCCAACGAAAUUCCCAAGGAACUAGGAGAGAAUCUGAAUCAAGAAUACCUCGACAGAUUAGAACUCGAUACAGCCCUCAUCGACGCGUAUGAAUACAUGCAAAAGUAUGCCGUGGGUCUGGAACAGAUAGUUUGGGAUCAAGAGGAUCUUCAACUUGAGUUUCGCAAGCAAUUUAAGGAGACCGAAUACAAACUGCGAACGGUGCUGUGCGAGCUGCAGGUAGCGCUAGUAGAACGUCAACUGUCGUCACGGCCAGACGUGACACGGGACAUCAUGAAGUCUGAUUUCCGGAAAGUGUCAUCUUCGGAGACGUUUCGAAAUCUGCGCGAUUGGCUGAUCUUUCGGGAUUACAUGAACGGGCUGGAAUACGUGGUACAGGUGUUCGAACACCUACGCCGUGGACUUCAAUCCUGAGGGUGGCAAGGCGGAAGCCGAAGAAGGGCUACCAGGCGACGACUCGCCCAUCUCAGGAAACCGGACCAGCCCUACCUGGAUGGCCAUCUCUCGUCAUAAGAUCGGAGAAGAAAACAGGGGAAGAGCCUAGGCGGUUCUCCAAGCAGGUCAGGGGCUAUUUAACCCGUCUCGGUUCCAGUCGGAUGUGACUCGAAUGGCGACGAUCGGCCUAUCCGUCGGUCACCGGAUCAUCACCCAGUGUCGAACAACCGCGUAUAAAGUGAAACCGAUGGAUAUUCGUUCGAACGUGUGAAACGUGUGAAACGCGCGCGCGUGUGCGUGUGUGUGUAUAUAUCUCCGUUGCGAGUUGUUGACUAUCGCUAAGUGACUUUGGAAAAACGUUGACGAGAGAAUCGUGAAAGAAAAUCGUGUCCACGUUUCCCGUCCAUCUUCUUCACACGCAUAUACACGCACGCAUGCACGCACACACACACACACACAUACACACACACGCGCCAUCGUCAUCGUCAUCGAGAAGAUCAUCCGGAGAGGCAUCCGGAAGAAGAAGUGGGAAUAACAACAGCAGGAAGAAGAAGAAGAGUCGUACGAUGAUCAACAGCCCGUUGGCUUUCGCCGCUGUAAAUUCGUAAUCGUGUGCGAGAUAUAUAUAUACAUAUAUAUAUAAAAUAUUGAAUUUCGCAUGCAUUUAUGCUAGCACGCGUUCCAUUGUGUGUUCCACGCGUGAAAAUCCAUAUCCAAAGUAUAUAAUAAUCGUAACGUGAAAAAAGAAUAAAGAUGACGGAUCGAAGAGGAAGGAUAGAGAAGCAGUUUCGAGAGCGACGUCUUAUCGUUCGUCAAUGAGAUUUCCAUCGUCGGUCGAACGUAUCGUAUUUUUAGUUUCUCGCAUUGUUUGAUAGAGCUGCUUUUUCCUCCCGCCCCCCCCCCUUAUUUUUCAUACCUAUUCGACGAGUAACUCUUUUUUUUAUUAAAAUUACUCUACGACGUUUUACCGGUGGACGCCUAGCUUUUUCCUUUUAUUCGUUAUUUCGACGAUAUCUAAUUUUAUCUAUAACAGAGAGUCAUUUUUAAUCGGCAAAAUUGUUCAAAAUAGAAAGAUUCGAUCGAAAUAACGUAUUAUCGGCGAAGGUAUAAUCGUCGAUAAUCGUUGUUUUCGUUCGCGUACGUAAUAUACAUUAUCUAUCUUAUUUUGAAUAGUUCUCCCCUUAAAAAUGAUAAUGUGUAUAUAUUUAUAUAUAUUGUCGUUUUAUUUUAUUCGAAUAUUUCGAAAGCAGCGAUAUCAAGGAAGCGCGCGAUUCGAGGAGAUUCGUUGAGAAACGAAGGGAAAGGAUAAGACGUGAAAGAGAUCGUGCCGAAAGGGGGAAGGAAGGAUUCGGAGGGAAUCCGUUUAAACGAGCUUGUACACCGUAGCGGUGUUAUUAUCCUAAGUAUACAAGAAUAUACAGUAUUCGCGCUUUAACUUAGAUUAUUCGCGUCGUAUCAAAAUAAAUUUUACGUGUAUAUGUUUGUCGCGUGUAUCGCCACGCGAGCCGAGGAAACGAGCACAAAAUCGUUGACACGUCAACGGAUCGAAAUGCAAAACUUUCGACGAGCCGUUCGCGCCCCGUUCUUAAUCCUAUGUAAUAAUUUAUUAUCUAACUGUAAUAUUAUUAUAUUUGUAUUUAUUCAGAUUAUUUAUUUUAUUUUUGUAAAGAUUUUACAUGUCCGAUUAACUGUAUUUAAAGUGUCUAGUUGAGCUUAAAAUUAUCUAGAGUAUAACAGAGAUACAGAAGGAUAUAUUAUUAUAAUUAUAAUUAUAUUAUUAUUAUUAUUAUUAUUAUUAAUUAUUAUUAUUAUUAUUAAUUAUUAUUAUUAUUAUUAUUAUUAUUAUUAUUAAUAUUAUUAGUAGAAUUUUUUAAUAGUAUCGUAGGGGAAGAAGAAGGAAACGCACCGAAGCGGCCGACGCCAUUUUACGUUACGCGCCGCGCUGCUGCUGCAAUCUCUCUUCGCUUCACGUAUCUUUUUACGGUAUGCGGAUAUAGAAAUUUAUUGGAAAGAGAACGAUUGGCAAAAAUUCGUUCUUCUCGUAUUUUUUAUUCGUUGCGAGGAUUAUAUGCUGGCACGAUAAAAAAGGAGCGUAAAAAAAAAAAAAAAAAAAAUAAUGAAUAUUCGGUCAACAUUAAAUCGAUUUUUUUAUCCGACAUUGAUUCGAUGGAUGGCCUGUUAGAAAAAUCUCUUUUCCUUCUUUUUUCUUGUUCUUUUUUCUUUUUCUUUUUUUUCCCCUUUUUUUAUACAUAUAUAUACGCACACAUAUAUAUAUUAUACAGAGAGAGAGAGAGAGAGAGAGAGAGAAAGCUUCAUACUUCCGUUUUAGAUCUAGCGAUAUCCGAGACUGGUGCGGACCGAACGAAACGCGAUCUUCUACGAUACUCGAAAGCGCUAUGUUUUUAUCUUAAAAAAAUCUUUUAAUCUUAUCCGAAGAGAAUUUUAAUCGUUCGACCCAAUUCGAUUUUAUCACUAUCGAUUUUUCUAUCCUUUUAUCCAAACUUUUUUUUCUUUUUUUUUUUUUUUAUUUCAUUCGACUUUCGUGUCUAGAAGAGAGCGUCGCGUUAAGUUUUGGCGUCGAUAUUCGCUCGAAGACGGCCGACCUCACAGACUUUUCGUACUUACGAUUUAUCCUCGAAGCUUAGAUACAAGAUUUAAGUCCAUGUUGUGUCCUGUCAAAAAAAAAAAAAAAAAAAAACAAACGACAGAAAUCGUCGUACUUUUUACGUCACGUUUUAAUUCUCGUGUCAUUGGCGGCCUAUAAGCUUACCAUAGGUAAAAGAAGUUGAUAGAGGUGUUCGAAAAAAAUUCACGGGUUAAUCGCACUGUGUGAUUUUCUUUUCUUUUCUUUUCUUUUUCUUUUUUUUUUUUUUUUCUCUUAAGUGUACGCGCAUUAAACGAAAAUUUGAAUUUUCAUAUCAUCGUAUCUGUGAUAUGCAUCGCCCCUCGUAAGAUUUAUCAUCUUUGAAUCGGACUAUCCGAGUCUUCUACCGAGAAGUAGAAAAAGAGAGAGUGUACGAGAGAAGAAGCGCUUUAAUUUGAAAUAACGAGAGAGAGAGAGAGAGAGAGAAAGAGGGAGAGAAAGGCCGAUCUAUGUGGCAAUGUCGAUCUCAUAAAUCGAUCUCGAAUACGCAUUUUCCAUUUUAUCACCGCUAUUUUAUAUGUUUUUUUAUUUAAUAGUUAUUUAUCGUUUAAAAAGUAUCGAUCAUUUUCUAGCAUCUUUUUCAUUUUUUUAAAAUAAGCAAGACUGCCACGUUUAAGUUCGACCGUUUCAAAUAAUCGUGGAAUCGAGAUCCAUUUAAAAAUUAUUGUUCGUUCGAUCGGAAAUCUUUUUCUUUUUCAACGAACGUUUCGAUCAAAUUCGGCGAUUCAAUAUUUUCGAUCGGAAGCAGCAGCGCAGCUUGUUCGAGCGUCGAUUAGCAAAAUAAUCCUACCGAUUGCCGAUAUACGAAUGCUGUUUUUAUUAUUAUUAUUAUUAUUAUUAUUAUUAUUAUUGUUAUUAUUAUUAUUAUUAUUAUUAUUAUUAUUAUAUAUUCCAAUCGACGACACAAUGGAAAUUUCACAAUUGUAUUAAAAAUUAUCGUGAACGCGGGUAUUUUGUUCUCCGGCUAUAUUUCUCUACAUUAGAAAACAGCGUACCCGCGUGUAAAGAUACGCGGAACGUGCCGUGCAAAAUGAUACAUCCACCUUAUUCUCAACUAUUUCCAUUAGAAAAGUCUGUUUCUGUGGAACGAUAGGAAAGAGGCAAUGGUAUUACGGUACGAUCGAAAGAAGAGAAAAAGAAAAUGGAUUCGGAUUGACGAGUUUUGCGGGCACAUUCCGCGCGAUCGAUACGCGCGAUAUACGGCAAAUUGUUAUGUAAGAUAAUUACGGAUCGCUUGGUAUAUGUUGUACAUAAACGGAUUUGAUGAUAUAGAAGCUACGAAAUAUAAUUAUGUAUGUGAAUAUGUAAUAUGUACACGGGCCCCUCCCCCGCAACGCCCGCUCUGUUGUAUCAUAUUAAACCAAAGACAGUUUGAACACGGAA